AUGCCGCCCUGGCUGCUCGGCAGCCUCUGCUGCGUGCUGGCGGCGCGGGCGGCGCUGGGCGGCGGCCCCGCGGGCGCGGAGGAGGAGGAGGAGGAGAAGCUGAUCCGGGUGCUGGUGCUGUUGCCGCAGGACGACGCCUACCUCUUCUCGCUGGGGCGGGUGCGGCCGGCCAUCGAGUACGCGGUGCGGAGCCUGCGGGAGAGCGGCGCGGGUCUGCCGCCCGGCUACGCCUUCCAGCUCACCUACGAGGACUCGGCGUGCGGCAACCGCGCCCUGUUCAGCCUGGUGGACAUGGUGGCCCUGCAGCGCCGCCGGCCCGACCUGCUGCUGGGGCCGGUGUGCGAGUACGCGGCGGCGCCGGUGGCGCGGCUGGCCGCGCACUGGGACGUGCCGAUGCUGUCGGCGGGCGCGCUGGCCGCCGGCUUCGGCGCCAAGGGCGGCGAGUACUCGCACCUCACCCGCGUGGCGCCCGCCUACGCCAAGAUGGGAGAGAUGCUGCUGGCCCUCUUCCGCCACCACCAGUGGAACCGGGCCACGCUGCUCUACAGCGACAGCAACCCCGAGCGCAGCUGCUUCUUCGCCAUGGAGGGCGUCCAUGUGGUCUUCCAGGAGGAGUCCUUCCACAUGGCCGUGCACAGCUUCGACGAGACCAGCAGGCACCUCGACAUCGACGACGUCGUCCGCGCCCUGCAGACGGGCGAGAGGGUUGUAAUCAUGUGUGCCAGCGGUGACACUAUCAGGAACAUCAUGUUGGCUGCUCAUCGGCAAGGAAUGACCAACGGGGACUAUGCUUUCUUCAAUAUUGAACUCUUCAACAGCUCAUCAUAUGGAAAUGGCUCUUGGAGAAGAGGAGACAAGCAUGACCUUGAAGCCAAGAAAGCAUACUCAUACCUCCAAACUGUCACUCUGCUGAGGACUGUGAAGCCUGAGUUUGAGAAGUUUUCCCUGGAGGUGAAAAGUUCUGUUCAGAAGCAAGGUCUUCAUGAAGAUGACUACGUUAACAUGUUUGUGGAAGGAUUCCAUGAUGCGAUCCUUCUUUAUGCUCUAGCUUUACAGGAAGUCCUGAAGAUUGGUUUCAGUAAGAAAGAUGGAGAAAAAAUUGUUCAACAAACACGAAACAGAACAUACGAAGGCAUUGCAGGGCAGGUGUCUAUUGAUGCCAAUGGAGACAGAUAUGGGGAUUUCUCUGUGAUUGGAAUGACAGACCCGGAGACAGGCACACAGGAGGUGAUCGGAGACUACUACGGGAAGCAGGGGCGAUUUGAAAUCCGAUCGAAUGUGAAAUACCCGUGGAACCACGGCAGGCUGCGGCUAGAUGAAAGCCGAGUUUCAGAGCACACAAACAAUACACCGUGUAAAUCAUCAGGUGGUCUAGGAGAAUCAGCAGUUACAGGAAUAGUUGUCGGCGCCUUGCUUGGAGCAGGAUUGCUAAUGGCUUUUUACUUCUUCAGAAAGAAAUACAGAAUAACUAUUGAGAGAAGAACUCGACAGGAGGACUGUAACAUGGGGAAGCAUCGGCAGUUACGUGAAGACUCCAUUAGAUCUCAUUUUUCUGCUGCAUAAAGAAGAAGAUGAAAAAGAAUCCCAUUCUUCCUAGGGAAAAGAAAGAAUUAGAGAAAAGGACACAACCAAAGACAUCAGUGUAAAAAGAAGAGGCUCUUGAAGAACUCACUCUUUUAAGCAGUAAUUUUGUCUUAAUUUCUUUCAGAAGCUCAGGAAUGAUUUACUAAUCACAUUAUGCCACAUGGCCUUUCAUCUCAUGAGAAAAGAAAAUUAUGCAGUUUGGUGUCAUAGGAUGUACUUAAUAUGUAAAGACAGUAUUUCCUAAGGCAUGUAUUAAGGCUAGCAGAUCUUGGUUUAGUUGAUGGGGAAUGCCUCGUUUUGUUCCUUUUUUUCUUUUUUUUUUAGCUUCUACCACCUCCUUCCAUAUUUGCAUCUCACCCAUGGGUAUCAAAUAUGGUUUCAGAGGCACAGGUGCUGGUUGCUGUCAAAAGGAAAAAAGGGAUUCAUUUGGGGUACGAUCCUGCAUCACUGAAUCACUGACACUGAUAACAGGGGAUAUGAAAUUUGGUGUACGGGCCUUAGUUCUGGGAGGGAACUGGCACUUGGUUGUAAUUAAUUCCACUGAGAAAGUCCGGCAGGUGGAAACAAAGGAACCAUUAUUUCCUUGUUUGUGUGGUGUCACACACAAACAAAAGCACCGUUUCCCCCUCUUAGCUGGUGGGACUUAGGAAAAGCUCCAGUGAAGGAUGAGGAGUUUCACACAUGUGAAGUAGUGACAGAGAAGACAAUCAGGUCUCUGGAGAGGACUGAUUAAUUUAUCAGUCUUAUAUGUGCUUUGUCACUCCUUUCUGUCCACUGCCGUGACUUUUCAGAGGGGCAGAUGUUGUCCAUGUCAAGCCUGCUCCUGUUCCCAGUGAAGUCAAUGGCAAAAUCCCAUUAACUUCAGUGAGCACAGGACUGCACCCAUAACUGUAAAUAUGAAAGUGUUUGUAUAGUUGAUGCAAUUCAAAAGGGGAUUUUUUGUGUGUGUGUGUAAAAAUGACAUUCCAUGCUACCAUUUUAUUUUUUAGGAUAUUUUUAAUCUUGUAUUUUUCUAUUAAAGUAUCUAUUUUUGCUUUGGUAGGAUUGAAAAUUAAGGAAGAGGAUGUUUUGAAGACAUAUUUUUUAUGAUGGGAGUAACAUGCAGGGAAAGUCAACAGCUGUAAAUACAUUUUAGAACCAGUGUUUAGGGGAGGAGAAAUUACUUUAUGGAUGGUGAUAGACUUUUUGCCCCACUUUUUUCUCCAGGCAUGUGCAACAUUCAAGUAGUUACUUAAGCAGCACAAAUGCAUUUAUUCAAUUGUCUAUGUGAUGGUCACCCUGAUGCUGUAAAUAAUGCAUUUUUCAUAUGUUAGAAUCUUAUAGAAAUCAGUGAGAUUUAACUAUCCAUAUGUGUACAAUUAAACACCCAAGGAACUACAUUCAGGAGUUGUGUGUUGAAAUGCUGUUUGAAGUGGACUUUAAUCCUGCUGCCAUCAGUAUCCUGGAAAUUUUGUCAUUUGUUUUGUCAGGACCAAAACUGAAUCUGUGUUGAAUUAGCUACUGACAGGUUAUUUUGUACUACACAAAGGAGGGCUUUGCACUUUCUAGUCAACAAAUGGAAAUGAACAGUACUUACUGUAAGUGUGAUGAAGAAGACCCAUUAAAGUAUUGUCAGUGGCGAAACAGAGCUAUGACUAUGGUUCUAAGAGUCCAUGAAAUAUUUUGGUUUAUUCUAUUCUGAUUUCAUAAGCAGAGCUUUCUGGUCCCAGCAGACUUGAAAGUUAAUCUCAAAACUGGCUCUGAAGCUUGAUUUCUACAAAACUUCUAUGCCCUGAAGUGCCAGACUACCAAUUCUGAGAAACCAGAUGCCUGGGUUUACUUAGGACACUUGGGAGUGAAGAGCAAAAACUUGCUGUGUCUGCUUUCUGCCACCUUUUAUUUGUUGUUGGACAGGUUUUUUUCUUAUAUUUAACUUAAUUCUUAGCCUAUGCAGAGUUCAUCACCUGCCCCUGUGAUAUACUGUCCUAUGUCCCAGGCAGCCAGAGGGCAAGGCAUCCUGACUGUCAGGGCAGCCCCAGUACAGGCAGUUGAUUUCCAGCAUCCCAUUUCCCAGUCUGGGCCCGUGUGACUUGUACAAAGGUGCUUUAGCCAAAGCAAUGCUGAUCAGUGGACAGUUUUCUGAAGUAUUCUCCUUACUUCAUGGCACCAGAGAAGAAUGGUAUUCUCUUUAUAUCAAGGGCACCAGAAGUAGGCUUGAGCAGCAUUCAUGAUGCUAUGGACUUGGGGAGGAAAAAAGGCUUCCUGAUUAGUUUCUGGAUUUUUUUUUUUUCCCAAGCAGUUGAGUUUGUCUAGCCCCUGGGCAUGCUUAAGGUUUGGGAUUUUUUUAGAUACUUCCCAAAGUGGUUUUGAUCUACUUCUGGUUUUGCAACUUGGCCUUUCUUAUUUUUACUUUCUUUUACCCAUUUGACUACUCCUCCACAGAAUAAAAGGCAAGGAAAAUUUUUAAAUAUGUACAGAAAGGAGGGUAUGAUUUGAAGCAUAAGUUUUCUUGGAAAUUAUUUUUGUCGUGACUUGCUUUGCAGUAUGAACAAGUACUCAAAUGGGCUACUUUGGAAUCAAGACAAUUGUACAGAUGUGCAUUUUUCCUGUGCCAUGCACAGCUGAGUCACACCAGAAGAUGGGAGAUUUGCUGGAACAAUAAAUUCUCAUGACUGUUUAUUUAUUAUGUCAUUUUAUGUUGCCUAUUAAAGAAAUAUAAUGGAAGGUCACUUUUUAAUUAAAAAAUAUUAAUUCUGAUCCUUUUAAAAAACCCUAUGUAGGUCACUUUUUAAUUAAAAAAUAUUAAUUCUGAUCCUUUUAAAAAACCCUAUGUAGGGUUUUAAAUCAUGACCUCAGGAAGUGUUUCUCUGAGAUGUCUGUUGGUGGGGUGCUGACCUAGAGUUAGACAAAACUCUGCAUCCCAGCACUUCCCAAGAAAGAUGAACCUUUUUUGCACCUUAGAGCAUUUUAGAUCAAUGGGCUUUAAUGUUUGCAAAUCGAUGCACACAAACGUGUGUGUUUUUCCCAUGGAAGUGUGGAGAUCAUUUAAGACAUUUCACAUAAGUAGAUUCCUUCAUAGCAUAAAUAAACUUGCUCUUCUUAGCUGCCUUUCACAGGCCUCUUGCUAAUAGUUCCCAAGUCUUCCAUGGACCAUAGAUCAGAAGCUGCCUUGAGUUUAGAUUAUUUAGCAGAGAGAUUCUUUACUGGCUUAACGCACUUUUCCUUUCUGGUUCAUCUGCAUUAGCUCAAUGCCACAAUGUUUAGGCUCUGAACUCUGUAAGGGAAUGUCUAAUCAAAAUAAUAAUAGUUGAUUCUCAAAAGAGGUUUCAAAACCUACAUUUUUGGCUUCAACAAAUUGUCCAUAUUACAAACAUACAUCUGUAUUACAGAGAAGCACAAGGAGACCCUUGACUCGGCUCAGCACUUCAGAACACACUUAAAAUAUGCUCAACUUCAGUUUCUAAGUGCUUUGCUCACUUGGGACCAAAGGGUAUGAUCCUGGCCAUGGCUGAACCAAAGGGAGCUUUGCCAUGUGCUUGAAUUUAAGAAAGGCUAGCUGUGUAGGCCACAUUUAUUGCUGAAUCUUACAGUUGUGCCUGUUAAAUUGAAAUUGAACUAGUGACUUCAUACUCCGCUUGUCGAAGUUUGACCAAUUCUGCUAAUUUAGUAUUUAUUAAAAUUACUAAACAGUGGUCAGUUUAAUAUCUGAUUCACCUCAGAGUCCUGUUCCUGAGGGUUCUGUGGACAGUUUUCCUGCCUUUUUACCCUCAUAGCUUUGACACCCAGGCUUCUACUGCAAGUGACAAAGAUACAAAGAUGAAGCAGAACUUUCAAAAGUGUCUGUGAUGUAAUUUCCUGAAACCCACAGCUUCAGAGCCCUUGUGCUUUGUCCUGUGCCACUGGUAGUUCUGAAACUUUUGUUUAUAGACUCUUUGUGUAUUCUGAGUUGUCUGUGACUACCACCAUCACCAGUUAAUUACCAGUUCCUGCUCUAGUGUCCUGCAUUGAAGACCACACACAGGUGAGCUCUGAAAAGAUUCAGUCUUUCCUAAAACUUGUGAUUGAGUGUGAUUGAGAGCACCUUGGAAGACUGUGGCUAGAAUUCAGUUUAUUAAAGAGUUGUAUUAAUAAUUUUCUGAAAAUAAACCAUGUUAAGCUUUUUCCAAUUUGUUAUUAAGCCAUGUGCCAUUGCAUUAUUGGAAGUAUUUCGUUGGGGCUUUUCAGUGGAGAGUUAUUAAGGUGUAGAUAAUGCUUUGAAAACAUUUGUGCUGGACAAAAUAAAGAAUGUUCUCUCUGACAACAUAUUUUACUGGGAGGUUGAUCUCUGAUUCAUUUUUUGGCUUAGAAAUGCAAUCACACAUUAAGCUGACAAAACACGCCUCUUACUGAUUCAGUGGAAGUAAAUUCAGGCCCUCAAUGAGUGUCUUCAGGCUUGAAGCAGUUCAGAGUGAGUUUCUCAGUGCUGCAGUAGAACAGGCUGCAUCAGCCUUAACUGACCUUGGCUCCAGUGAUGUUUUCACCUCAUGAAUGCCAUAAUGCUCCUGGAAAGCCAAGAAUAGACAUCAAAGACAGGAAGCUAAUAGUCCUGGUCAUAAAUUUCUUUGGCAAUUCAGUCCACCUUUUCCGGAGCUCAAGACAGCUCCACAUCCUUCACUGCCCUCCUCUGUGCUUUAGAGUGUAGCCUUGUGGGCAUUCUGGUUCUUUCAGUGAAGCAGUUAAGGUUAUUUUUCCUCAUUUUCUCCAAGAGUAGAGUGAAGAGUCUUUAAUUACCCAUUUUUUUCACUGUCUUUUGUCUAGGUUCAGAAGUACUUUGGAAGGAAGACAGACAUUUUCCAUCAUUUAGUCAGAAAUGCUCCUUCACUGAGUGUUGGCUUUUAAGUAAUUUCAGACAUGGUUCAUUGCUGAACACUGCUCAGCUCUCAACACACCUUAUGUUGGCCCAUGGCCAUGCCAGUCACUAUCAGAGUUCUAAACCUGGAAUUACCUGUUGGGGUUUUUUUAUCCUUGUCAUUGCUAUAAAAUGAUGUCAAAUCUAGUGACCACCUUCCCCAAUGCAGGGCACAUGGAGACAGAAAUACCCAUUUCUAAUGGCACGUUACCUUUUCUGUUGGUUUAGCAACAUGCCCUAAUGACUCACCUCGAAACAGUGAGCUGUAAAGGGACAAAUUUCAAAGUGCAUGUUUUGUAGGAGUCAGUUUUAGCUCUUUUUAGAAACAAAGCAACACAGGCGUUGCUCUUGGAAUGUAUUUUUAAGGACAUGCUGGGAAAAAUUUUGCUUUCAGAUAUGUUGUGUGUGUGUCACCUCUCCUCCUCCCCUUUCAUUCUCGCUGUUGAAAGCAUAAAAAGAUUUGUGUGUGUGUGAAACCUUUCAAGUGGAAGAAUGGGAGAGUUUGCACUGUGCAUAUCCCUGCUUAGAGGCAGAAAUUAAUUCAGAUGGCUCGAGGGCUGAGUUGUUUUCCAUUCUCAGAUACGUUUUAACAUCUGAGCUCUCAGACUGAUGAAAAAUGAUUGUUGAAAUUAAAACAAAUAGCUGUUUGUGAGAGACCUCAGACCUGGCUGUCUGCAGGGUCAGCAAGCUGUGCAGCAGACAUUGAUAGUGUCUGUUCUCUUCUAAGGAAUAACAACAGAAAGCCUGAGCACUGUGGCUUGCCCCAGUGAAGCCUUAAUGUGUUGUAAAGGCAGCUCCCCCUUUAUCUCAUGCAUAGAGGAAGAAAGGAAAAAGGUUAAUGUUGGAUUUUUUUAUGGAGUUACUGCUGGUUUUGAUCAAGAAGAUAAGGCUGCCAUAGUUCUGAGGCUUUCAUGGGUUAGUGUUUAAUUGUGUCCAGUGUAUCACUAUAUAGACUUUUAUUAUGCCAUUACUUCUCCCAGAAUUUACCUUUUAGAAGGUCCUAAUUGACAUAAAACAAAUUUACAGCAUAAAAAACAACAAAAAGGAGAGGCUUACAGUUCCCAUAAAAAUCUCUCACUAACUGCUGAAUUAUAUUCUGCAUCAAAGACAAAUUACUAUGAAUAACCUGACUCUACUACAGUUUGUAUGUUAAGCUAUAUUCAGAAAUGUUAGGUGGAUUCAUUAGAUAAAAAUCUUUGAAAGGGUAAAAUCCACUCUGUGUGAACUGUUCCUUGGUAUUUCUGUUACAUGAAUGUUGCUACAGGCCACUUGUGCAAGCAACUAAAAUACACCAAAAUCGGUAUUAAAAUAAAGUCUUAUGUUGGGGGUGUAUUUUGUAAUGCCAACUGGUAUGCACAGGGAACACAGGAUUCUGCCCCAACUACGAACAGAGGUUUUGCUGAUGUUGUGUAUUAACAGCAGGCACAAGGAGCUCAGCUGCGUUUAUUUCUACUUGGGGAUGGUCUGGACUUCCCUUUCUCUCAGGAAAGAGAGUCUUUACCGUGCAGGUCUGAAAGUGCUGAGAAAACUUGGAGAGGCAAGAUGAAGGCAGUGGGUGGGAUUUGCUGUGUUUCUUGUGCAUGGGGUGUAACAAUGAAAAACUAGCAGGACUCAUGAUAGACACUGUGGACAGGAACUUUGUCCUGUUUUUUGUUGUGAUGCUGUUCCCUAUUAAUGGAAAAACACUGGACAACAAAGAACCCUAGUGCCAGUUGAGCAGAAAACAAAUGGAAAGCUGCACAGUAUGUUGUACUGAUGUAAGUAGAACUAUCUGCAUAUAGUAUGAUUUUAUUUAUUGUUGUUUUUGUGUAGAGGAGAGUGUGUAUUUGUGACUGUGGAUAUAACCUUUUUUCAUUUGUGUAAUGUAUUUUAUUUCUUCUAUGACAUAGUCAUUUAAAAUAUCUACAUUCACUGGUGUCCUCUGACUUUUUAUUCUGUGCAUUUUCUUUCACAGUUUUUAAGAAUGCAAGAAUAUCACAUAACCUAAAUUGUAACAAAAUACUUCCAUUAAAGGCAUAGGAAUAUGUUAU